ACACUGCUUUACAGUAGGUUGCGGGUACGAAUCCAUGCUCUCCGUUUAGUCGCUGUACCCAAAUCCACUCUGGAUUUCCCCCAUCAUCGUGAGCCUGAAUUAAAUCUAACCAUUCUCCUGCGACAAUCUCAAGUUGGUUUGGUCCGACAGGCUUGAAAUCAAAAAGAGCCGACAUUUUCCCAAUCGAAGGAAGUCUUCCAUUUUCAACUGGAGGUGUAUCGUAUGAAGAAAUAG